CGGGCCGGAUAUCCGCCCGUUUCUGCCCAGGCUGGGAGAAGCCUUUGCUAGCACGUGGGAUUCAGAGCUCCAAAUAACGCUUUUACUGCGGAUUUUCCCAGACUUUUAAAGUCUGCUUGACUUUCUUUCAGCCUAGAAAACCUAAACGCAAACUCUCGCCGUCAUGUUUCUGCAAUAUUAUGAAAACGAGAACGGAGAGAGAGUCUACACUCUGAAGAAGGUGACACCCGAUGGGCAGCCCACCAGCUCGGCCCACCCGGCUCGCUUCUCCCCCGACGACAAGUUCUCCCGACACCGCGUCCUGCUGAAGAGACGUUUCGGCAUCCUCCUCACGCAGCAGCCCAGGCCUGUUCUGUGAAGAAGCCUCCGCGGAGCAGGAGGAGACGGCAGGAUGGAGGGGGAUGCUGGGGGAAGAAGACACCUCCUGGGUUGGAUUCAGAUAGACUUUCUGUGAGCUGGAUCAGCUGUACCUUGGCUGGUUGGAGAUGGAUAUUUUGGUUCUUUUUUUUUUUCUGUACUGAAUAAAACUGUGCACAUUUCUUCUA